GACGGACGAGAAGAGCGGAGCGGUGUGGAUCGUGGGAUGAGAGAUGGACGGUGGAGAUGAAGUGGAGGUGGUCCCGAGACGGUGGGCUUUUCCAACAUAUAAAUUGCAGAGCAGUUCUCUUCCCCACAACAAACUCGCUCCACUCUCAACAAUUCUGAAACUGUUUCUCUCUCUCCUUUCCUUCUUUCUCUUUCUCUCUCUGUCUUUCUCUCUCACACAGACGCACACACUCAUUUGCUUUUUUGUCCUCGUAAUUCUGGAAUUCAAUUCAAACCUGGGCGCUUGGUUGAUUGGUUGGUUUGUUGACGCGAGCGUCGCUGCCGGAGAUGAAACCAGCGUCGGAGCACAUGAUAAGGCUCUCUAGGUAUAGAAAUUUGGGGCGGUGCUGCUGCUGUUGCGGGUGCUAGCCGGAGGGGGGGUGGGGGUGGGGGAAGGAUUGAAGACAGCGUUGCGUUGGUUGGAAUUGGAGAGGCUGAGUGUUGGAGAUGGACGGUCAGAAAAGCCAGGGGAAGCUAACAAGGACGCAAUCGUCGCUCCUCCGUUCUUCGCCCACCAUUCGCUCGUCGAUUCAUAGUUUGUCUUCCGUCAGCGAGAUCGCGCCUGAUCACGAAGCGGCAAGCGAUAUCGAGGAGCAGAAGCCGCAUAGGCGGCGCGUUCCCGAGCCGGUUAGAUCCCGUUCGUCGCGUUUGGCGCCGGUUAUUGCAAUCCUGCUGCUCUCGGUGUACACGCUCUUUGCCUUUUUCAACAGGGACGAUGUAUCCACCUCGGAGAAUUUCCUUUUAGUUCUAAUUUUCGUAGCGGUUUUGCUUUUCUUCGUAUCCAAAAACAAGGCGUUAGUGAAUCGCAAUUUCUACCUGUGUAAGCAAGUGUGUGAUGUGUACGCGAAGAAAUUAGGCCUUCUUUGUUUGAACUCCAAAACUCAUUCAAAGCCUGUGGAAUGGUUCAUUGGGGAGUCCAAUUUAGACAAAACAGAUAGAAAAGACCAUACCGGGAAGGAAUGCAGAGCUAAAAAGAUCAUAAGGGAGGGUGUGGAGUUUUACAGCAAUGGCGAUUUCUACGAAGGUGAGUUUCACAAGGGGAGGUGCAAUGGCAGUGGAGUGUACAAUUACUUUGGGAAUGGAAGGUAUGAAGGGGAUUGGAUUGAUGGGAGAUAUGAUGGUUAUGGGAUUGAGAGUUGGGCUAGAGGGAGCAGAUAUAGAGGGCAGUAUAGGCAGGGCUUGAGGCAUGGGUAUGGAGUUUACAAGUUUUAUACAGGGGAUACUUAUGCUGGAGAGUGGUGUAAUGGGCAAAGUCAUGGCAUAGGAGUGCAGACCUGCGCUGAUGGAAGCUGUUGCAUUGGAGAGUUCAAAUGUGGAGUCAAACAUGGCCUUGGAUGCUACCAUUUCAGGAAUGGAGACAGAUACGCCGGUGAGUAUUUUGGAGAUAAAAUCCAUGGUUUUGGUGUCUACCACUUCGCCAACGGCCAUUACUACGAAGGGUCUUGGCACGAGGGGCGCAGGCAAGGCUGUGGCAUGUACACUUUCCGUAAUGGCGAGACCAGAUGUGGCGAAUGGGACGGUGGAAGCCUCAAGACCCGCCUCCUGCCUAAUUCUGAUGCAGUCCUUCAAGCUGUGCAGGCAGCUCGGAAAACAGCUGAAAAAGCGAUCAACCUUUCGCGGGUAGAUGAACAAGUGAACAAGGCAGUGGCUGCCGCCAACAGGGCUGCCACUGCAGCCAGAGUCGCGGCUGUCAAAGCUGUUCAGAAUCGAAUUGAUGGCAAAUUUUGCGAUACUAACAGUAUUAUAUAUCUGGAUGGCAUCCCAUGCAAUUGAUUCAAUUUAUCAGGAUCAGGUAGUGCAUCAUCAUGCCUUUUCAAUUUCAUCCCCAAGUGGGGUGAUAUGUAUAUAUAUAGAGAGAGAGAGAGAGAUUGAUAAUGGUAAUGAUCAAAAUGUUCAAUAAUAUUGCAAUAGAAACACAGUGCACAUGCAGUGGUUGUGUGGUGGGGUUUUCUUACAAAAAAUUUC